AUGGGAGAAGAAGGCAAAGGAGCUGGGCGGCGUGUUGAAUCGAACCAGAAAAGAAAAGGAAGAAAGGCAGCAUGUGUGAAUGAGAAAGAGUGGAGGGACUUGGCACGUGUGGACAAUUAUUUGCUAUCAUGUGGCGGUGGCGGCGGCGGCGGCGGCGGAAGAGUCAGUGGCGGCGGCGGUGGCGUUGGCGGCAAUAGUGGUAACGGUAGCGAUUGCGGUGGCGGUGGAAGAGUCGGUGGCGGCAACAGUGGCGGUGGCGGUAGUGGCAGCAGUAGCGGUUGCGGGUGGUUGUGA